AAAAAUGGAACAGUGCAGAAGCUAAACGAAUCCUCGACUUCAAGAUUGGGUUUUUAUGCUCGGUAAAGACACUAAGGAGACGAAUGACACGAUCUGAUUAACGAUUUGAGAUCAGUCGCGCUGCUGGGUGGAGAACCUAUUAGCGAAUUAAACGAAAUGAAAGUGUCAGUAAGGCCCCCAUGCACAAACGCUCCCGGCAGGACAACGGACCAGCAAGAACCGACUUCAAACUCUCUCCCGCCAGCGUCUUGAUGGGAAAACACACGAAUUGAGCUGAGGCCGCUGUUACUUCGACCUGAACCCACCCCCAGGUCUCUACAGCAACGCGUUUCCCCCUCCUCACCUGCAACUGAAGAAACUAAAGAAGAACACUCAAAUUUAUCGCCCCUCUUCCUGCCACCUACAACUGUCCCUAAUCUCUUCAGGGUCUAGCCCACGGGUUUAAAUUGGCGGGAGAAUACCAAGCCCAACCCCCUUUACGGCGGCCGGAGGAGGUCAAAAUUGCUUUACAAUCGAAAUAGGAAGUCGCCCCACCCUAAAUUCCACCCAUUCAGAUUUCUAGGCUACGCAAUCUAGGGUGUAUUCUUGGCCCCGCCCUCCUCCCUGGCUUUACACGCCCCCUUCAAAAGAACAACCAAUCACCUCCUCGAAUCGCGUUGCUAUAGAGACUCUUAUCACCACCUUUUUUUCUCCCAGCAAGCCGUGCGACGCGCCGGGCCUCAUCCCCUUUGUGCCAUCCGGGUCUCUCGCGCGAGCGAUUUAGUCUGUGGCGAAGCGUCGGGGCGGCCGGUACUGUUGAGAGCGGCAAGUGGAGGCGCCGCCCUAGCGGCUAGGACUGUGGACUAUGGCGGCUAGUGAUACAGAGCGAGAUGGACUAGCCCCAGAAAAGACAUCCCCAGAUAGAGAUAAGAAAAAAGAGCAGUCAGAUGUAUCUAUUUCUCCUAGAGCCUCAAAACAUCAUUAUUCAAGAUCACGAUCAAGGUCAAGAGAAAGAAAACGAAAGUCAGAUAAUGAAGGAAGAAAACACAGGAGCCGGAGCAGAAGCAAAGAGGCAAGAAGACAUGAAUCCAAAGAUAAAUCAUCCAAGAAACACAAGUCUGAGGAACAUAAUGACAAAGAACAUUCUUCUGAUAAAGGAAGAGAGCGACUAAAUUCAUCUGAAAAUGGAGAGGACAGACAUAAACGCAAAGAAAGAAAGUCAUCAAGAGGCAGAAGUCACUCAAGAUCUAGGUCUCGUGAAAGGCGUCAUCGUAGUAGAAGCAGAGAGCGGAAGAAGUCGCGAUCCAGGAGUAGGGAGCGGAAGAAGUCAAGAUCCAGAAGCAGAGAGAGGAAGAAGUCACGAUCCAGAAGCAGGGAAAGAAAACGUCGGAUCCGAUCUCGUUCCCGCUCAAGAUCAAGACACAGGCAUAGGAGUAGAAGCAGAAGUAGAACAAGGAGUAGAAGUCGAGAUAGAAAGAAGAGAAUUGAAAAACCUAGAAGAUUUAGCAGAAGUUUAAGCCGAACUCCCAGUCCACCUCCCUUCAGAGGCAGAAACACAGCAAUGGAUGCACAAGAAGCUUUAGCUAGGAGGUUGGAAAGAGCAAAGAAAUUACAAGAACAGCGAGAAAAGGAAAUGGUUGAAAAACAAAAACAACAAGAAAUAGCUGCAGCAGCUGCAGCCACUGGAGGUUCUGUGCUCAAUGUUGCUGCCUUGUUGGCAUCAGGAACGCAAGUAACUCCUCAGAUAGCUAUGGCAGCUCAAAUGGCUGCCCUGCAGGCUAAAGCUUUGGCAGAGACCGGAAUAGCUGUACCUAGCUAUUAUAACCCAGCAGCUGUGAAUCCAAUGAAAUUUGCUGAGCAAGAGAAAAAAAGGAAAAUGCUUUGGCAAGGCAAGAAAGAAGGGGACAAAUCCCAGUCUGCUGAAAUAUGGGAAAAGUUAAAUUUUGGAAACAAGGACCAAAAUGUCAAAUUCAGGAAAUUAAUGGGUAUUAAGAGUGAAGAUGAAGCUGGAUGUAGCUCAGUUGAUGAAGAAAGUUACAAGACUUUGAAGCAACAGGAAGAAGUAUUUAGAAAUUUAGAUGCUCAGUAUGAAAUGGCAAGAUCACAGACCCACACACAAAGAGGAAUGGGAUUGGGUUUCACAUCAUCAAUGCGAGGAAUGGAUGCAGUUUGAAAAAAAUCAGACUUUAAUGUUUGGGACUUUAUGGACUUCUGGUUCUGAUGUCAGGUCCUUGUUCACCAAACAGCUAGCAUUCUAGCUUGCAUGGGUGUUGCAUUGACUUUAAUUUAUUGAAAAAUACGAUUUUUUGUAAAUAUCAGAUCAGUGAUACUGGUGUUAGUGUUGUAAUCAGGUUAAACACACCUCCAUUAAACUUGACAGGACUAUAGAAGGACAAUAUUUUUUAGUUCAUGAAUUCUACUUUUCAAAUAUAUAAAAGCUGCAGGUGGGAUAAAAUCUCAUACAUGGAUAUUUCGUGUCCGCUGUCUUGUGUACUUUUGUACUUAACCUUGUACAGUUAUUUUCAUCUCUUGAAACAUGAAAGAAAUGUUAUGUAGAUGUUCUUUAGAAGAUCUGGCCAUUUGGUACAUAACCAGCACAAAUACGCUGGGUGGUGAUGACAAUAAAAAUGGUUUUCUCAACACUGGUGUUAAUUUAA